AUGUCCAUGAGGUUCUCCGUCGUCUGCUUCAUCGUCUCCACCACUGGAUCGAGCUCGGGGAGCAACGCCGGUGUCGCCCUCAUCAUUUGUCUUCGCCACGGCUAUCGCGUCCUCAUCGUCGAUCCGCUUCUUGUCGUCCACCCCGGCCCCGUACGAGCUCGCCAUCAGCCGUCCCGCGACCUCGAGACCGAUGCUGAUGCCCCUGAGUACGACUACGUCAACGACGACCCCUCCUUGCCAGAGAAACCAGAUGUCGGAUCCCAGGAGCCAGAUGCCACCAUCGAUGCCUACUACUACGUGGAGACCGCGGACGACCAGGAGUAG